GAGAAAGAGAAAAAGAGAUAGAGAAAUAUUGAGAGAAGAAGUGAACAGAGAAACAAAGAAGGAGAAAAUAGCUGUGAUUCCUCCUAAGCAGCAGAUACGUAAAGAUAAACCUGGAGAACUUUGCAGACCCGUUCAAUUAGCUCACUCCGGACGAGCUAAGCUCAAGAUCGGGAAAUUCGUUCUAUUUUGAAUUCUGUCCGUCCUCAUGCCUGCUCUCUCGUACGCAGAUGGUUAUCAAUCUGAAUCCAACGACGCUGACUAAUGCGAACGGCAACAGCAGCCCAAUGGCAAUCAUCAGUCAUGCGGUAAUGGAUGAUGUCGUCUAUAUGCAUGUGGUAUGUCCGGGCGAUGAGAUCUCUAAAUGGGUGACCUUGGAGGAGGCAUUGGGCCUCUGCCCGUCUGCAGUCAUUGCCUACACGCAGUUGACUUUGACGCAUAUCUUUGGUCCGCCCGUUGAGGAUCAAGAGCCCAGUCUGUUUGACUGAUAUCCAAUGAUUCGUUUGCUGUCGUCGUCAUUGCCAUCGUCUUUCGUCUUUCUAUGACUACUCCUUCUGCUUGGAAGCUCGAAACUGCUUCGACCGUUGAAUUUCCGCCAAUAAUUGGCCAAAACACAACCGAUGAACAAUUAAAAACUAUCAAUAACUUAUGCUACAAUAAUAACAACAACGGCAAACACACAAAAAGACACUUUUGCCAAUGUGCAGAAUUUUCAAAUUCAAAUUUCAAGCUUUCCAAAAAAAUGAAAUGACAAAAACAUCUUGCGAACCCAAAAAUCAAGCCCGAAUCCCUCGACAUAAUUGUUUCGAUAUUAAAUUUCUCAUGUGCAUAUAUGCACAAAAGAUAUUGUUAGCCAGUUGAGCAGAUCGCACACACACACUAAUUUACACCUUUACACAGACAGAAGCACAAAUACAAUCCAAAAUCAGACGCCCAGUUUUAACCAAGUCCCUCGAUUUGAACAUAUCAAACUCAAAUUUCAAGUUUCUCUUCUACAUACAUAGUUUAUUUUCCCUCUUUCACACAAACAAUUUUGAUUUUGUUGGAAACUCUAUAAAAGUUGGCAAAUAUUUUCGAGUUGGUUCCUAAGCGUGGUUAUUACAAAUUCAAUGAGAGCAGUCCAUAUUCCAAAUUUAAUAAUGAUGU